AUGUCCGAUGAUGGCAACUCUCUUUUUAUCAGAGGGGAGAACGCAAAAGGCAUUUGGGAGCGCGAACUCGUCACCUCAGGAACGGAAGUUGGGAAACCAGAAUUUGAACCGCUGCUUGUCCCAAUCAUGACUGCUGACUCCGAAAAAGUCGAGGCCGAAACUUGGUGGGAAGGUGGUGGGGCAAUCCAUGUUUCAAUCUUGCAUGGCGUAUUGAAGCAAUAUGGCGGCGGGGCGUUUGAAAGUCGAAGAUUUUUGGAAGACGAUAGAAAUGCAUCUGCAGCAGCACAUUUCAUUUCAAAGAUGUAUCAAGAAAGCCCAGUCUGCAGGUUGAACCGCGAAUAG